AUGUGGUGGGGUGAGGGUGAAAUCUAUGUUGUCAUAGUCGAGGUCUUUAACAGAGUAGUCACAUCAAAGGUCAGUUUUGCAGAAAUAGGAAAUGCAGCAGAGGGAAAAGAAAAGGAGCCAGAGAAAUUUGACAGAUCAUGGUUGCAGAGAACUGGGCUAAAAUGGAAUUUCCCCCCAUUAUAUUAUUAUUACAAAUCUUGCUAUAUGCAUACAUACCAUUUUUGUGCAGACAUUAGACAACCACCUGCGUGUAAAUAUUUGCAUUCCUUUGGAAAACAGAGAUGGGCUGUGGCAAAAAAUGGGUUUCUUGAACAGUUGAAUUCUAGUAUGCACUAUGAAGAUAUUGAGGCAAUGGGUAGAGGAAAGGUUCGCUUACGGAAGAGGAGCAGCAUCUUGUUAUCCAUCUUCAGGCCAAACAGAGCAACAGACGGUAGCAAAUUGCUGCUGAAGUUUCUUGUCGGACUGCUAAAAGACUCUGGAAGUGGUGGGAAGUAUUUAAAGGAAAACAGCAGAGGGAACAUAAGGAGACAAGAUCCGCCUGCUCCUUCACCGCCAAAUUUACUUCCUCCAUGGCUAGUUAGUUCUGGCACAACCUCAACUUUUAGGCCACCAUCACCAUCUGUGACCUUAAGUCUCUCACCGUCCACGGUGCCACCUGCACCCACAAUCCCCUGGCUGCAAACUGAUCGAGUUCCUGAUAAUACUUCAUAUUCUUUGAGCAGUUACCCCUCUCUCGGGAUUGCUCCAUUGGUUGGAGAGAAUCCCAUAGUUUCCGAACUCGUGGAAUGCUGUCGGGAAUUAGAAGACGAACGUCGUACUUGGGCAGCACAUAAGAAAGAAGCUGCCUGGAGAUUGAAAAGGAUCGAGUUGCAGUUGGAGUCUGAGAAAGCAUGCCGGAGAAAGGAGAAAAUGGAGGAAAUAGAAGCAAAGGUGAAAGCUCUUAGGGAAGAGCAGAAGACUACUCUUGAUCGAAUUGAAGCUGAAUAUAGAGAACAAUUAGUGGGAUUGAGGAGGGAAGCAGAAGCCAAAGAACAGAAAUUAGCUGAACAGUGGGCUGCAAAGCACAUGCGUCUCACCAAGUUUCUUGAGCAGACAGGCUAUAGAUCUAUCAGUUCUGAGCCUAAUGGCCGGUAA